UUAUAACGUCAUAUCUAGGAAAGGAGCGCCUCAGUUGGGAAUAUCUGAGUCUCGCCGUACCCGUACCCACCAUACCCGUGCUAUACCCUAUAAAUAUGCGGUCAGUCUCGAAGGCAGGUCCCCAUCGCUCCUUCAAUUACUCUGAGGAUCUUUAUCACUGCAUUCAGCACUUUUUUCAAAUAUCUUUAUUACUGCACAAUGUCUGCCAAAGCCACGAAGACCCUGAUUGAGAUUGUCAACAACACCCAAUACACGAUCUCUGUCCGCAUCACCAAUGACAAUGACGAGCGGUCUACUGGAUUCUUUGACAUCGAGCCGGGGAAGGCCGAUUUUUGGGCCAGAAGCUUCUGGCAAGUGGCCUUCGUGUUGAGGAAUUCGGUCGAUCCAACCGAUAACAAGGCGUUGACUUUGGUUGUGAGGCCCACGGGGGUUUACUACAUCAACGAUGAUUAGAAGCAGUUUGAGUUGGGUCGCUGCUAGUUUGUACUGUAGUAUGGCCUGCCGUGAUGUCUUGUUGUACAACAAAGUUGCAAGGUGGAAUCAAUAGGUGUAUUUGUCGC